GGGAAAUGUUGAUUUUGUAUUUUCUGUAUCAGUAAAUGUCAGCAAUAGAACAACUAGACAUAAAUCCUAGAAUAAUACAUGCAUUGAUAAAAGCAAAUAUAAAAAAGUUUGACAUUGUUUUGAGUCUGUCCAAUCCAGAUAUUCAAAGGUCAACAGGACUGAGUUCAGGAGAUGUGUCAUUACUAAAGAAGGCAGUUGCUAGAGCAGUUCCUAAACUGCCAUGUGUUACAGCCUUAGACAUAUGGAAAGAAAAAUGCCCAAGUCAGCUGACACUUAAGAAAUUGACAACAGGAUGUAAAUCCAUCGAUGAAGCUUUACGUGGUGGACUAUUGUCUCAUGGUAUAACAGAAAUUUCAGGGGAGAGCUCUGCUGGUAAAACUCAGCUGUGUUUACAGCUUUGUUUGAAUGUGCAGCUGCCAUUUACUCAUGGAGGAUUGGAUGGAGGGGCAGCCUAUAUUUGUACAGAAGAUGUGUUCCCGAACAAACGUCUUCAUCAGAUGAUCCAAUACUUCAGUCUUAAAGUAAAUGCAUUGUCAAACAAAAUACAGUAUGGAGACAACAUUUUCAUAGAACAUAUUUCUGAUGUUAAUGGAUUGAAAUACUGCAUCCAAAAGAGAUUACCUAUAUUGCUUUCAAAAGGAGAUAUCAAACUAGUAGUUGUUGAUUCAGUUGCUAGUCUGUUCAGAUGUGAAUACGACCAAAAAGAUAUGGUUCAGAGAUCAAAAGACCUUGCAUCCAUGGGGGCUUCUUUACAUCAGCUCAGUAACCAGUAUAAUAUUCCUGUUGUAUGUGUUAAUCAGGUAACAGAUUCAAUGGAUGUGAAAGACAGGCACAGAAAGCAUAUUCCAUCCCUAGGUCUUACAUGGUCCAAUCAAGUGACUACCAGAAUCACCUUGACUAGAACUAACCAGCAUGUGACUAUUCCAAAACAUUUGAUAAACAAUUUGCUUAUUGGUGGAUUUGAAACAUGUGUUAGAGACUUAGAAAUCAUCUUUGCCCCCCAUUUACCCAUGUUUAAAAUACCUUGCAUGAUAGAUCAAGAAGGAUUUAAAGGAUGGAGUUGUUAACGUAUUAUUAAAAAAAGAUUAUUGCUU